AACCCCACGAACAAUCUAACACCAUCGCUCACCUCCUUGCCAAACAAAGAUUAUCUCCAAGAGUUCGCUUCCUCCCAUCUUUGUUUCACAGGGAAGCCAAGUUUUUCGCGUGAUAAUUAAGACGUAGAGGAAGAACACCUAUAUCGCAUCUCCCCUUUUUUCUAUCGGACACGCUCCCGGUGGUCACAUACACCCAUACCAACACAGGGAAACAAUGGCGACCAACGGCCCAGGGAUCAAGCCCAAUCCAGAAAUCAAGAUCGAAGACGCAGACAUCAAGGCUGAGGUCUCGGACGCAGAUGAUGACGAACUAUAUGAAGACGCCGGUGACCUGGACAUGUCUAAGGGGGACAAAGCGGUGUGGUUGGUGAAGCUCCCGAGCUUUGUCGCUGAACGGUGGAAUGAGAUUGAUGAUAAUGAGGAGAUUGUGUUGGGUGUUGUGAAGGUUAAUCCGAAGGAUACUAGCAAUGUGCGUAAAAAAGAAAAAGGAAGAAAAAAACAGUUCCAUCAUCUAAAUAGUUUUUCAUUUUUUUUUUUCAAACUUUGAUUCUCCUGGCUGACCGGGGGUGAUGCUUUACUGCAGCUUAAACUUUCACUUGAGAGGAACCAGGCGAACGGAGAUGAGAUCCCUACGGAGUAUGAUUUGAGGAUAACCAAUAUGGAGGUUAACAACACUUUUGUUUUUACGGAGAAAGAUAUGCCGGGGUUUUCGAGCAAGUUGAAUACCGGUGGUGUGAAGGAGGGUGAACCGGCGAUUCCUGCGAGGCUGUUAUACCAGCACCGUGACCGGGAGAGCAAUAGCGGAGGCGGCGGUGGGAAGGGAAAUUGGGGGAAGCAGAGAUAUCAACCAUACGUCCGGAAAGCUAUUCCAAGUGCGACUCCUGGUCAUCGGCUGGUUUCUUUCUUUCGCGGGUGCUGACCAUAUAUAUAGAGCGGACUUCGCUAGUUGGAACCGUUCGCCACGAAUGCUCCAUGUCUCCUAUGAUCAAUGAAGAGUAUAAACGGUUCCAGCUAUCCAAAUUCCGUCAAGCAGAUGCUCCGAGAGUCACCACUCAAGUUCUCGAUUCCAAUGCUGCUGGCGGUAACCUCCUUGCACCCGGCACCACUGGUGCCACAGCUAAGAGUUUUGCUGGCUUCGUUGUAAGUACAAUAAUCAAACAAACUAUCAUCUUUGUCCCUCUUCUAUUCCAUAAUACAGGCAUCUAACCCCGCCACGUAGAAACCCACACAAGCGGUGCGAAAAACAACCGACAACAAAGCUGCCCGUAUGCCCCACUCAGAACUCCUCACAGCUCUGUUCUCCCUCUUUGCAGAGCAUGAAUACUGGUCCAUGCGCGGCAUCCGCGAGAGAUUAUUCCAGCCAGAGCAAUAUCUCAAGCAAACUCUGGACGAGAUCGCAAAAAUGGACCGCAACGGCCCCUUCACAGGAAAGUGGUCGCUCAAGAGCGAGUACAAGAAUACAGACGACAAGAAGAAGUUGGAGCUCGCUGCAUCCACUAGUGGAGAAGCUGGUCAGGAGGUCAUCGAGAUUGACGAUGACGACGAAAUGGUCGAGAUGGAGGAUGUCCUGAAGUGAAAUCUGACAAGUCAACUGGAAGAAAGAAAAGUGGGAAAGGCGGAUGACAGCGUAUUGUUGGCCUUGAUUUGAGAUGGGAUUGAUUUUGCUGUAUAUACUUUAGUUUGCUUUACCUCACCCUACCUUUCACUCCUAUUUUGUUCUUUUUUUUUUAACUUUACCUUUUUAGUGCCCCAGCCGCAGGUUGGGAUGGGAUGUAGUCUAAUUGAAUGCUCGGCAUGCGUGGGGUCAUGUAGUCUUACUUACUUGUUCAUCUCUUCCCUCUCGUUAUUACAGUAUCUUCUUUCUCCCUUUCUUUAUUUCUUUCUCUUUUUCCAUCUUAUUCUUACUCUUUGCUUCUCUCUUCUCUUUUCCCCCUUUCCUUUCUUCCGAAGAACCAAUUAAAACUCGGACACGGGCGUUUUGGGGGUUGCUUUGAGUAUCAAUAGUACUGUACCCGGCAUUACUCUUUUUCUUUCUUUCUUUCUUCUCUUUCUCUUUGCACUUCCCCAGCCAGAACCCCGCGAUGGUAGUGCGGUGGAUGUGUGCCUGUGCCGGUGCGAUAGUCUGGUGUAUACAGUCUGUGAGGGAUGGGGGGUAGCUGGAUAAAUACUUGGCUGCAAUAAGGAUGGGAAGGUGCAUGAGCCCUACGACCCAGAAGUGAAUGAUUGUGGGCUCCUACCUUGCCUUUAUAUUGGUACAGUACUGGAGGAGGUGUUUGGGAGCGAGUGGCCUCAACUUCAUGGUAUCGCAAAGUAGAUUAUAGGUGUGGGCUUUAUGAGAUCUUGGAAUGGCAUUGUAUUUCUCUAAGCAAUCUACAGUACUCGUAUGUUCUAGCCUAUAGGAUCCGGAUUUAAGAGCAUUGUGGACGAGAACUGUUUACCUGCCUACCAUGAUAUCGAUUGCUCCAUAACCGUGCAGAUUACGGCAAAGCGAGGUAUCAUAACUUAGCUGUAGAGGAGGAUCUGGUUCUGUAAAAUGAGAAAAGGAGAAUUCAGUCCAAUUGGAUUCUGGUCUCACUUUGUAUGAUGCUGCGAACUUUUCAGGAAUCCUACCAAAGCUCUCUUAAGAAGAA